UGGGCUGCCAGAUCCUUGUGAGCAUAUAAACAGUGCGUGCUGGCGAGCAUCAUGCUCUAUGGAGAGUAGAGAGAGAAGAGCCUGGCGGCAAAGCAUGUUGAGAGGUGUAGUUCUUACACCUCUGUGCUUUGCAACAGCAACCGGAGCAGCUAGCCAGGAUCAUGUUGAGUGUAGAAUGGAUCCAUGUGGCAGAAAUGUGCUUCUACCUGGAUGAUGGAUUUUGGAGUUUCAGGGCACCCCAAUGACUGUUUCCCUUACAGUUGUACUCCCGUCGUGGCUGCCCUACUUGCAUAUCUUACGUAGUCUCGGAAUGAACAAGAUGAAGGAGCUCAUUCUUUCUACUGGAAAAAUAAGCAGAUGCCUGAUAUCAGUGGAGUGAUCACAACUUUGGGAUUUAAAGGAACUGGCUUCAGCAGAAAGAAGGGCAAAGGAGAAUAUCCUGGGGUGGAUCAGCUAUGGCUGAUUAUUGCUGUGGCAUCUGUAAUGCCUGGGAGGUUGAUGGGGAAAUGAGGUAACCAGUGAGGCAGGGUAAUGUUACAUUUUGCAACUCUAUCGUUAAUAAUUUUGUAUUAAUGGAUUUUGUAUGGAUUUUUAAUGCAUCUGGAGAAAGGUUUUAGAUCAUAACCGAAAUGUUGAUGUAAAAAUAUACCAACGUUUCAGCUCCUACUUUUUUGGUUCUGGUGACCCAGCUCUAAGGCAGGGCAGCUUGUCUUCCUAAAACAUUAUUUUAUAGGUGAAAAUGAUGUAGAAGAAGAUGACGAUGAUUCUUUAGUUGUACCAGCAGACUCUAGCUUUUCUGAUGUCGUAACUGAAGAGAAUGAGUUGGACUCUGAGUCAGAAAUCAUGCUAAAAAUGGGUCUCCCUUUGCAGUUUGGUGGCUCAUCAUAUGAGAGGAAUUAUGUGCCAGUGGAUUCUUGUGGAAAUGUACAUAAAGUAUGGAAGAAGAGAGAGACCAAAUGCAAGAGACCUUUAGCUGAAAGUAUCCAAGAAGCAAUAGAAGAACUAGCUCAAAACGCCAGCCAUCCUUGUGAAGAGGACUUUCCUGCAUAUCCUGAGAAAGCUGACCUAAAAGGUGGCUGUAAUAUUAAUCAUAAGGAUAAUGCAACUGAAUCAUCUACUCUAAAUAUACCUUCCACAGAGCCUAAUUUAAAAGACAAAUUGGAAGAGUAUUGGAAUCAGUAUGGCCAAGGGUUAUUAUGGCAGCACUGGAUUAAAAAUCAUCCAGAGCUAUCCCUGUCAGGAAAGCAUUGUAGCCUUGAACCCUGGAGCUCUGCUGAUACCAAGGAUAAAUGGAAUACGUGUUAUAAUGAAUGUUACUGGAGCUAUUUUGAGAAGUUUCAGUACUGGUCUGAUCAAGGGUGGAUGUUUGAUACACCCAAUAUGUCUAAAAUCAGUGAGGCACAAACUCAGAUUGCAGAUGAAAACAAUGCCAUGAUGUCUGCUGGAGACAGUGAUUGCCUUCAGGAAGACCAUUGCAAAACUCUUGUAAAAUCUAUAGGCAACAUUAAUCUUGAUCCAGAGGAAAUUGAUCAAGUUCAUCCUUCCCGAAGUGUUAUUAAUGAGGCUAAUCUGCUGCAAACCCCAGACAGCUUUGGAAAGCAUUGUCCUACUGAUCCUAACCAGAAUGAGCCUAGUGAUGGAACGGGGGAAAAUUUUGCAGCAUCUGGACAUACAGAUACAAGCCAGCCAGUGUCAACAAGAGCAUCUUCAAGCUCAUAUUGGCGGAUCAGUCCCUCAGCCAUCAUGAAGGACAGGGAUGAAGAUGAUGAACCGCCAGAGUGCAAACAAGCUAAAAUCAAGAGAAGUCAUGAACUUGAUGCAGAAGAAAACCCAUGCGACGAUGUUCUGGUAGCAGCUUCCACCAUCUUGGGACUAAAAUAUGGCACAGGGCAAAAAUAUGGUGGAGUUGCCAACUUUACCCGCCGAACUCUGCGUUAUCUGGAAAAAGGAGUCAAGUAUAGGUCCCAGUUCCUGGAUAUGCACAGGCCAGUGAAGGCUAAGAAUAAGCACAUUUUUUUCACUGACGAAGGCAAUGCAGUGCCCAAAAGCAAAACUCUGAACAAGGUGCAGACUUUCCUUAAAGAAGUGAGUAAAGAUAUCCAGCACCCUUUGGCUGAAACAUACACCAUACAAGAGGUGGAAGACUCCUUCAGCAGCACUGAUUCUGAAGAACAAAAUCAUGAAGUUCAAGAGUCUUCUUCCCAUCAGGAAAGCCAAAGUCCAGACUCUGUGGCAAACAGUGCGGCACCUUCAAACCCCAUCUGGUGUUCAACAGAUGAAUAUACAGAGCUAGAUUUAUGUAACAAUAUUGAUUUGAAUCCCUCAAGACCGCUAAUUCCCUUGGACAUUCCAGACUAUUUACAAAAUGAUACUGAAGUUACCAAAAAUGACGAUGACAAAGUAAAAAAGAAAAAAAAGAUUAAAAGGAAAACAAAAUGCCUGCCCCCUGAGAUCGCUGCAGUACCUCACCUGGCCAAGUACUGGGCUCAGCGUUACAGACUAUUCUCUCGAUUUGAUGAAGGGAUUAAAUUAGAUGAAGAAGGCUGGUUUUCAGUGACGCCAGAGAAAAUUGCAGAGCACAUUGCUAGCCGGGUCAGGCAGUCGUGUGACUGUGGUGUGGUUGUAGAUGCCUUCUGUGGAGUUGGAGGGAAUGCCAUACAGUUUGCAAAGGCAGGGAACAGAGUGAUUGCUGUGGAUAUUGACCCUGUGAAGCUUGACUUUGCUCGCAACAAUGCCGAAGUGUAUGGAGUGACGGACCGGAUAGAAUUCAUCCGUGGUGAUUUCAUGCUCUUGGCUCCAGACUUGAAGGCAGAUGCCAUAUUCCUCAGCCCGCCGUGGGGUGGCCCGGAUUAUGUCAGCGCAGAGACUUUUGACAUCGGAACAAUGUGCCUUGAUGGAUUUGAAGUUUUCAGGCUGUCCAAGCAGAUAACCAAGAAUAUCAUCUAUUUUCUCCCACGGAAUACUGAUGUGGAGCAGGUGGUAUCUUUGGCCGGACCCGGAGGGCAAGUUGAAAUAGAGCAGAAUUUCUUGAACAAGAAACUGAAGACCAUGACCGUUUACUUUGGAGAUCUUAUCAGAAAAGCAUAGGAAUUAAAAUAUAUGUAAAAUGUUUUAAAACAAAAAAAGCGCAUAUUUGUUAAAAUAUUACAUUUCUUGAUACAUAGAAUUUUGUAUCGUUGCUUUCAUUGUUUAUAACUUAUUUCAUUUUGUAUGAGUUCUUGUUGUCAUUUAGACAAGCUCUAGUUUGUUUACCUUCAGUUUCUGUUCUAGUGCUUUGCAUGUACUUUAAUGAUGUGAACCAACCUACUGGCUGUUUUUAAACUGUGGACCAUUCAGCAUCUUCAGCCAAAAUGCUGGGUAUUGUUUAACAACAGCUAGAAAGUUUUAUAUGUCUAAUGUUUUAGUGCAUAAAGGAUAUUGAUUACAGAUGUUUAAAUAAAUUUAUAUUUUGUAUUAAAUGUA